AUGCCGCAGACGCUGCAGAGGAGCACCAGCGUCUCCACCAGAGCUUCACGCAUAGAGUGGACAGUGGACGCACGCAAGCUUCGCGGCAACGACAAGCAGGCGGUGUCGCCAUCCUUCGAUCUGAGUUGUGCAGGCAGGACGCUCCCGUUUAAGAUGAUGAUAUAUCCGAAGCAUGUCACCGACCAGAAGGGCGGCGCAUCGUUCAAGAAGUCCAAAGGCAGAGGCACCGUCACAAUCAAGUGCGAGGCGGACCUGAACACGGGCUCCACCCCGCUGCAGUUCAGGAUAUACACGGGAACGGGCGCAAGCAAGCAGACUCCGCGGGGCCCUGUCGAGCACGACUUCUCGGAGAGCGCAGUGUGCACGCUUCCAAGCAAUCUAGUUGAGUGGGAUUUCGAACAGGUGAAGGAUAAAGACUCGUCGACAUUCGUGGUUGGCCUGGAGGUACUCACGCAGUAG